UUAAUGUACUAAUUCAAAUCUUACAACACCUAAAGAAAACCCCCAACAAUUUCUUCUUCUUCCACCUAAAUUAAACCCUUAAAUUUACUCAAGCUUCACCAACAUUUUCCCUCUCCUCUCGAUUCGCCGGAAAAAUUCAGCUUGUACAAGCUAAAUUUGUUGAGUUAAAAGAUUAAUGAAGAGAUUGAAGAGCUAUUAUAUGCACAUAAGGCAUCAGCAAGCAAUGGAGAGGAAGUGGAUCUUCCCUCUCGCGAUUGGCUCCAUUUUCUCCGUCUUCCUUCUCUUCCUCACCACCCUUAUUUCCUCCGAUGGCACACCUUUCCUUCCAUUCUACCGCUCUAUUCCUUUCGCUAUGGGAUCCUCCGCCUUCGUCGAGUCCAAGCUCAAGCCCAUUCCUGUUUCCUCCAUACCUCCUCCCCCUCGCUUCGCCUACCUCAUUUCCGGCUCCACCGGCGACGGUGAAAUGCUGAGGCGAACCCUGCUUGCUCUCUACCAUCCUAACAAUCGUUACGUGGUGCACCUGGACAGAGAAUCUAGUCCCGAGGAGCGCUUGGAUCUGCAGCACUUUGUCGAAAACCAACCACUCUUUCUCAAGUUCCGGAAUGUUAGGAUGAUCGUCAAGGCCAAUUUGGUCACCUACCGUGGGCCUACAAUGGUCGCCAACACCCUCCACGCUGCUGCGAUCUUGCUCAAGGAAGGUGCCGAUUGGGACUGGUUUAUUAAUCUUAGUGCCUCAGACUACCCGCUUGUGACUCAGGAUGAUCUGUUGCAUACAUUUUCUUAUUUGCCGCGGGAACUUAAUUUCAUUGAUCACACGAGUAAUAUUGGAUGGAAAGAGUUUCAGAGAGCGAAGCCCAUAAUUAUUGAUCCUGGGUUGUAUAUGUCCAAGAAAGCUGAUGUUUUCUGGGUUACGCAGAGGAGGAGUGUACCAACAGCUUUCAAACUAUUCACAGGUUCUGCUUGGAUGGUACUUUCUCGGCCUUUUGUUGAUUAUUUCAUAUGGGGAUGGGACAACCUACCCCGUAUUGUUCUCAUGUACUAUGCAAAUUUUAUAUCCUCUCCAGAAGGCUAUUUCCAUACUGUUAUUUGUAAUGCUCAAGAAUUCCGUAACACUACCGUGAACAGCGACCUUCACUUUAUAUCAUGGGACAACCCUCCUAAGCAGCAUCCUCACCACCUCAACCUUGGUGAUAUGCAAAGAAUGGUUGACAGUAAUGCCCCAUUUGCAAGGAAAUUCCCCAGAAAUGAUCCAGUGCUGGACAAAAUUGAUGCUGAACUCUUGUCUAGAAGUCCUGGCAUGGCUACGCCUGGUGGGUGGUGCAUUGGAAAUCAAGAAAAUGGAACUGAUCCAUGCUCUGUGAUUGGUAAUACCACAGUCCUCCGGCCUGGUCCUGGAGCAAAAAGACUGGAGAAGUUGAUAAGCUCUCUGUUGUCAACCGAGAACUUUCGACCAAGGCAAUGCAAGUAACAUAAAAGGGACCCUGCCUGGUAGGCACUUUUUGUACCAAUUUAGUUAAGUUUAUAGCAGAACACAAAAAAAGAUCGCUUGAUCCAGAUUCCAUCUUGUAGGGGCAAAAUCAAGAGUGAAAGAAACAUCAGUCUCUCAGGUACAUAGAAUAGCAAAAAAGAGAUGGAAUUGGUCUAAGAUCACCAACUAGGAAGCUGCUGUUACGUUUACCACUGUAACACUCUGGCUGUUAGUCAGAUUUUCUGAUAUAGGCUUUUUCCGUCAAAGCCAUCCAGCUCCAGAGGCUGUCUUGGACUUACGAAGCAGAAAAUUUGGCUGUUGGAAAAAGGAAAUAUGGAAUGAAAUUUGUUGUAUGAGACUGGUUUUUUGGGUAGUAGUUAACUGAAAGUGAAUAUCAGGAAGAGUGUCAAGUUCACCUCGAUGACCUUAGUCUUGGUGUAAGUUACUAAUUAAUUGGUAAUUUUUAUUUGAUUUCUCCA